CCCACACUCUGAUCAGUUCUCAUUCUGCAGAGAGGAAGCACCUGGCCGAUGUCUGUUGCAUAUUGGGCAAGAAAUGGACUGUGAAAUCUUCUGGCUGCUCUGAAAUAACUCAGCAUUGUCUUAUUUGUUCAUUUGGCUUGCAGUGUGCUGAGGAGGCACGUGCCUGUCCUCUGAUUUAGAGGCUAGCCUUGUUUGAACUUGGUUGUGCAUCACAACCCUCAAUCCUUGGAUUGUACUAUACACCGUUUCUCUCGGAGCAUCUUUUGGCUAUCAGCACCUAUGUACAGCAGUGGCUACUCCCAGGUCUCUAAGUAUAGCCCACAGGCCCAAAAGAAGAUGCAGUACCGCUCAAAGGGCAAGAGUUGCGGCUACUACAUGCGCAUCGUCUUCUUCUUCUCUUCGCUUAUUCAGUCUCUUAUCAUAGUCAGUCUGGUGCUCUUUCUGAUCUACGGUAAGAAGCAGGACUCUGCGUCCACGUCACGCAUCCAGGACCUGGAGGAGAGCUUCAGCCGACUCUCUAUAGAGAACGUCGCCCUGAGGCAUCAGAGGAAGAACCUGACCACCUUACUCAACACCACCCUGACUGAAAAGGCCCGUAACGACUGGGACUUGGCCAUGUUCCGCUACUAUUCCAACAUCUCAGCUGGCUUUAUCCAAGAUCUUGACAAGAAGCUGCAACAUCGCAAUAUCGAAUUGUUCAUUUGCAAGUCCACACAACCUGGACCAUGCAUAACACGAUUAGAUACAUGUAACUGUGGCCUGUUGACUGAAGAGCUGAAAGCCAGGCUUCAGCUUGUGGAGUCCAACUUCACGCAAAAAGUACAUGGGAUGAGGAUGGAAAUGGACCAAAUUGCCAAAGAAAGGGAUAACCUUAAUUUGGAGGCCAUUCGUCUGAGGAGGGACAAAUCCACACAUGAAAAGGCGUUGGAGUUCUUUAGAGUAAAAUGCAAAGAGGACUUUACCCAAUCCUUGAGUGGGGUCUCCAAUGUUACCAAGGCUUUCCUAGUGAAGAUUGACUCCCUCUUCCCUGCACACAUCGCCUUCCAAAUCACCUGUGAAAAGCAGAGGGAACACUUAGAGCAGAUCCGCACCAAUUGCAGCAGCCUGUCCAGAGAAGUGGAGGACAGAUUCCAGCGUUACCUGAACAGUGUGGGAGAACAGGUGUCAAGCAUCCAGGGGGAGAACAGCCGCUUGAAGGCAGAGAACUGGCGACUGUCCGAAGACUACCGCUGGUGCAGCCAGAACCGCACGGGCAUGAUCCAGCAGCACAGACAGAGCCAAGAUAAGUUACAGCGGAAAAAUGAUGAAGACAAGGAGAGACUCCUGGUGGACAAGAUAAAGCUAAAUGGAGAGAUAGAAGUCCUGGAAAACAAUGUCAGGUAUAAAAGUAAAGAGGUUGAGCACCUUGCAGAGCAACUCAAGCACCUCAACAUGUCCUGCAUCUCUAGGACUGGGGCUGUCUCGGCUCCUCGGACAGGCACAAAUCAGCCUGGGUGGGGGUUUGGUGGUGGUGGAUCCAGUUCUGCCUCAUCCAGCUCUUCUAGUGGGGGUCAAUUUGGUAGGACAGGGUCAGGGUCAAGUAGUUCCAUUGGGUCAGGAUUCAAUAAGCCAGCAUCAACUGGAACGGGGUCUUCCAGCACAUCUCUCUUUUCAGCUGGGUCAAGUAGCUCUAUUGGCUCAGGAUUCAAUAAGCCAGCAUCAACUGGGACGGGGUCUUCAAGCACAUCCCUCUUUUCAGCUGGGUCAAGUAGCUCCAUUGGGUCGGGAUUCAAUAAGCCAGCAUCAACUGGGACGGGGUCUUCAAGCACAUCCCUCUUUCCAGCUGGGUCAAGUAGCUCCAUUGGGUCGGGAUUCAAUAAGCCAGCUCUGAGUGGGAGAGGCUCAUCAACCAUUGGGUCUUCCUCUGGGUCAACUGGGUCAAGCCUGAACCCUAGCUCAAGUGGGACAGGUUUAAAUAAGCCAGUGUCAAAUGCAAAAAGCUCCUCAAGCUUGGGAACAUCUUCUGGGUCAACUGGAUCGACGAGUAAAAGUGGGUCUCCAUUUAAUUGGUUUGGGAUGGCAAACAGUAACUCAGGACCAAGUAAGACAGGAACUGGAACAGGGAAAGGAACAUCAAGUGGAACUGGUUUUGGUGGUGCAGGAAGGACGAGUGGACUGGGAGGUGGCUCAGUCAGCGUUGCUCAGCACCUUCAAGAUCUGCAACGCCUCAUCAACCCCCCUGUCCCAGAAGAGAAACAAGAUCUUUCCAGAAUGUUGGGUUAGUUCAUCUUCAUGUGAAAAACCAAAAUUUAAAAGAGAUGUAUCUUCCAUCUAUUACACACAGAUAAAUGCAAGCUUCUUAUAUUGAGUUCACAUUUUGCAUAUCAAUAUAAAUGUACCAUAUACUAUACACUGUGACAUUUUAUACUUAAAAAUGCAUAUAUAAAAGUAAUUUGAAUAACUUUUGCACUUUUGAAUUUGAAAUGUGAAGUUUGUGUGUUCAGGAUUUGUAUCUACCCAGUAUGCAACUUUGCAUUAAUAAGCACAUGUUUUUCUAUUUUUACACUGUAAAUACAGAAAAAUAAAAGCUUUGUUUAGAUGUAAACACA